AUGGAAAUGGUGAACUUUGAUUUUUUUGAGGACUACGUCCACGCUGGUGCAUUGAAAGAAAUCCAUAUGAACGAAACCAAAGACUUUAAAGCAACACAGUUACACAUCAUGGCUGAUAAGGAUUCUGGGAAGGAUCUCGCGUCGCCUGGUGCGCGAAAGAUGCGGACGCAGCGGUGUACGAUUGAAGGGUGUACAGAAGUCACGAUGAAAACGCGGACGACACGGAACUGGGUGUGUAAGGCGCAUCAAAGUAAACUUCACAAGGAAAUGUUGAAGAAGAGAUUGGAGGAGCGGUGUAGGACACCUAUUGUUGAUCUGCAACCUAAGACUGAGCCAGGUACAAAGGCGCCAGGAGGGAGCGGGGAUGCCCCACAACCUGGGACUUCCAGUGGAGUGAGCGGCUUCCGUGCCAGCCUCCUCGAGGAAGUGCUGAAUGAAAAAAAGAUGGGUUUAAUGCGAUCACCAGACGUUAUAAAAUUCUUACGCCGUGAACAGAAAAAGGUCGAAACGAAUAGAAAAUUGUUGAAUAAAGUUGUAGUGAAGACUGAGCCAAAAGACGACCCGUCACCACCACCCCCUGGUCUACCUCCACUACCACCAUCAACAGAGGCAGAGUGGAAGCCGGCAGACGGACAGUCUUGAUGGAACUCUUGACUAUUGUGUGCAUAUGAACUUUAAACUUCUGUAAGAUACGGAGCCGGGGGCUCUGGGCUUCUAUUUGUGCAUCAGAUCAAAACAAGGAUUCAGAGUGAAGAGACAUGUAUGAUGAAUCGGAAAAUGUUCACAACUUCAAGUUACUGCAGUCUGUGUACUGUAAUUGUCAUAAGAAUGUAAAUUUAGUUGCAUUUUUUGCACAAUCACAUGCUCAAGACCCAGCUAGAUGUAGAUCAUGUAAUUGUUUCUUUUCCAAUUGAUCAUUGAAGUGUGAUCACUCAAGGAUAUUUUAGACCCUCUUUGGACUGAAGGUUUUGGAGACGAGGGCCAACUGAAAAAUCUCGAUGUGUAAAUUUAGUUGGUACCAAUUAAAGGUCAAAUUCAGCAAUUUGCCGGAGUAUUGUUUUAUCAAUUACUAAGGUUUUUAUCAUAUACCACUGAACAUGGAAUUUUGCAACUAGAUGAUGAAGCCUCCUGUGGAAGUUCUCUCAAUUUCACACCGUUUCUGAGAGAUGUGUUUGGUCUGGGGCUUCCAGGCAUUUAAUAUGAGGGCUCACAAAAUGAAAUAUCAGUUUGUAUGUAUUUAAUAAAUGAUAUUUUAUUUACUUGAAUAAACUACUAUUGAAAUGA